CAGGUCAGAAGGGGUUGAAAUGCGUCACUUCUUUAACAAGCACAACCCCUGUAUUGAUGAAACUGGAUCAGAAAAGCUUGUGGGUUUCUCCUAGUGCAAUACCUUCCUGUACUAAUUCAAGCCAUGCUAUGCCUCAGUGUUCAGAAAGUCUAAACAGGCAGAGAGUGAAAGGAGGGGUUAAACAGCAUUGGAGGGAGUUGCUCAACACUCCUCUUUUAGCAGAACAUUAGAAAAAGUAAGAAGAUGCAUUGCUGCUGAGAAACUCUUUCUUCUCUGUGAAUGGUGCUUAAAUGUAGAGACUGUCUUCAGAAACACAAUACAGGUUUCAUCACACUUUGAAUGAUUUUGACAUAAUGACAGCUGAGGAUUCCACUGCUAGGAUGAGUAACGACUCCUCCAACAUGUCUACAACCAAAGUUCCUGAAGGUGUAGCUGGUGCACCUAAUGAGGCUGCCCUGUUGGCACUCAUGGAGCGUACUGGAUAUACUAUGAUUCAAGAGAACGGGCAGCGCAAGUAUGGUGGGCCUCCACCUGGCUGGGAGGGGUUGCACCCUCCUCGUGGCUGUGAAGUCUUUGUUGGUAAAAUUCCUCGUGAUGUGUACGAAGACGAGCUUGUGCCUGUUUUUGAGUCCGUAGGACGUAUCUAUGAAAUGCGCCUGAUGAUGGACUUUGAUGGGAAAAACCGUGGCUACGCUUUUGUUAUGUACACACACAAGCAUGAAGCCAAACGUGCCGUCAGAGAACUGAACAACUACGAAAUCCGUCCUGGUAGGCUUCUAGGUGUUUGCUGCAGUGUGGAUAACUGUAGGCUGUUCAUCGGAGGUAUACCCAAGAUGAAGAAGAGAGAGGAAAUUCUAGAAGAGAUCUCCAAGGUGACAGAGGGUGUGCUAGACGUCAUUGUGUAUGCAAGUGCAGCAGACAAGAUGAAAAAUCGAGGCUUCGCCUUUGUGGAGUAUGAAAGCCAUCGAGCGGCCGCCAUGGCAAGGAGAAAGCUGAUGCCUGGGAGAAUCCAACUGUGGGGCCACCAAAUUGCUGUUGAUUGGGCAGAACCAGAGAUAGAUGUUGAUGAAGAUGUAAUGGAGACUGUUAAAAUCCUGUAUGUGAGAAAUUUAAUGAUUGAAACCACAGAGGAUACAAUUAAAAAGAUCUUUGGCCAGUUUAACCCUGGCUGUGUAGAACGGGUUAAAAAAAUACGCGAUUAUGCCUUUGUGCACUUUACAAGCAGGGAAGAUGCAGUUCAUGCCAUGAACAACCUCAAUGGCACUGAACUUGAAGGCUCAUGCCUGGAAGUUACCUUGGCCAAACCAGUAGACAAAGAGCAGUACACUCGUUAUCAGAAAGCAGCUAAAGGAGGAGCAGCAGCAACAACAACAACAGAAGUAACUCAGCAACCCAACUAUGUUUACUCUUGCGAUCCAUAUACACUAGCAUAUUAUGGAUAUCCAUACAAUGCUCUGAUCGGUCCCAACCGAGAUUACUUUGUGAAAGCAGGCAGCAUAAGAGGCAGAGGGCGAGGUGCAGCUGGCAACAGAGCCCCUGGCCCCAGAGGCUCUUAUCUGGGGGGAUAUUCUGCAGGCCGUGGCAUAUAUAGCAGAUACCACGAAGGGAAAGGAAAGCAGCAAGAAAAAGGAUAUGAGCUUGUACCCAAUUUGGAGUUGUCUGCUGUCAAUCCAGUUGCCAUUAAACCUGGUGCAGUGGCAAUCCCUGCUAUUGGGGCCCAGUACUCCAUGUUUCAGGCAGCUCCAGCAGCCAAGAUGAUGGAAGAUGGCAAAAUCCACACAGUGGAACAUAUGAUCAAUCCCAUUGCUGUCCAGCCGGAUCCAGCCAGCGCGGCAGCGGCAGCAGCAGCAGCGGCAGCAGCUGUUAUACCUGCAGUUUCAACCCCUCCACCUUUCCAGGGUCGCCCCAUCACUCCAGUGUACACCAUGGCUCCAAAUAUUCAGAGAAUUCCUGCUGCAGGGAUUUAUGGUGCAAGUUAUGUGCCCUUUGCAGCUCCUGCUGCAACAACAGCAACUAUAGCCACACUACAGAAGAACGCAGCAGCAGCUGCAGCAGCAGCAGCUUAUGGAGGCUAUGCCGGCUAUAUACCUCAGGCAUUUCCUACCGCAACAAUCCAGGUUCCAAUACAUGAUGUCUACCAGACAUACUGAGACUAUCAAACAGUGGGGGGUGGGGGGAGGGGACAAACACUGAAGGAACACUUUACUAUUUAUGAAGAAAGAACCUACUGCAAAAGAAUAUGUUUGGACUCAGUAAACUGAAAGAAAAAAAAACAAAACAAAACUGAAAGUGAAGAAUGUUAUCAAAUAUUAUGUUUUGAAAUAUUUUAUAUAUGUGACAUUUUCACUAAUUUUUUAGGAUAUUUUUAAAAUUUAACAUACCUGUAUUCAUACAUUUCUAAGUGACCUAUAUGCAUUAAGCCCAUUGCCCAUACAAAUUUAUACACAGUAGUGGGAUUGCAUAGGG